AUGCCCUGGGAAUAUUUGUUCAAAUGGGCCCCUGGAUCUAACUCGGGACCGCCCCCAAAGGUAGAAGAGAUAGUCAAAAGUGUAGAAACUACAGCUCCAAGCGCGGCGAAGAUAGUCCCCCAAAAAGGAGCAGUCUUCAGAGUCGCAGGCAUCCCUCCAGCGGAAACAAUCGGAGAUCUAGAUGAUAUUAUUCGCAUUUUGAAGGGUUCGUUGUCAGAGGCAUUUCCGGGGGACACGUUCGAUAUCGAGGCCACACUUAGUGGAUCCUGUUACGAUAAUACUCGCACUGCUCUGGUCAGUUUCACGCCGUCAGCGCCCCCUGAGUUGAACGGACUCGCCAACAGUGGCACUCUUGAAAUCCCUUACAACGGUACCCGCAAGGCUUUGAUCAUAGACAGGGACUUUUAUGGUCUCACCCAGCUCUAUCAGACGAAGGGAGAACUGUACCUAGGCUUAAUGGCCAUGCGUAUGGUUCAUGGAGGGGGGGGUAGGCUACAAAUGAUGUGGCUUCGUGACUUCCUUGAGGAGGAUUUGCCAGAGUGUAGAGUUAUGAUAUAUGGGUAUAACUCAAAACUUGCAAGCAACUCCACCCACACGAUUCCGGACUAUACGGAUUCGUUUUUAGAGGAGUUGAAGAAGGCGAGGCAAUCGGAAAAGGAAAGAAAUAGGCCAAUAAUAUUUAUUGGUCAUAGCUUCGGUGGUGUUAUCAUUGCUCAUUCUAUUGUCAAAGCAAAAGAUCAUCCCAAUAUUCACGGCCUCCUGUUCGAGAAAACUCGCGCUACGAUCUUUUUUGGUACUCCUCACCGUGGUCUUAUAGUCGACGAUAUGCUCGCUAUGCUUGAGCUUGAUUCCCCUAGAAAAGAACUGGUUUUAUCGCUUAGUAAUGCCUCCAACAACCUCGGAUCCGAGUUAAAAAGAUUUAUCAACUAUACCACGAUGACAAAUCUAAAGAUAGUCAGCUUCAAAGAAAUACAACAGACUCGGAAACUAAAACGGGAUGAGAAUGGCAUCUGGUCCAGGAGCGGCGAAUACUUCAUGGCUGUGGAUAGUGGUUCAUCCGUACUUCAACUUCCGGAUACAAUUGAAGAGUCACUGUCUGUCGAGGGAGACCAUUCUACGAUGGUCAAGUUUGAGAAUAAUCGAAAUCCGACAUAUACCAGUGUUGUCAGGCACCUCAGGAAUUUUAUUUUGGAUGGCAGUGCCAUGGCUAAAAUCAGUGAAGAACAGUUCCCCACGGCAUGUAGUGCUGUGAUUGGUAAAAGCGUUACCAGCCUAGAACGAAUUCUAAAAGCAACACCGUCAGUUGCGAAUACAAGGCAAAUGAAUGGUACAACUACACUUUUGCAUUUGGCUGUUGAAACUGGAGACGAAGAUAUUGUAUACCUUCUCUUAAAGUAUCAAGCCAGUAUGGAAGCUGUAGACGAGAAAAUGGAAACAGCAUUUCACCUAGCAGUACACAAAGGAUUCAGAGGGAUAGCUGUAUUGCUCCUGAAGAACGGCAUGACGGCACUGCAAAUCGCGGCGGAGAGCGGUGAUAGUAAUAUGGUCGUGUUGCUUCUGCAUAACAGAACGUAUAUCGCGGCGGCAGACGACAAAAAGCGCACAGCACUAUACCUGGCAGCUAUGGGAGGGCACAUCGAUGUGGUAAUGAUACUUCCGGAGAAGGGGGCAAACCCGGCGUCUACUGAUGUGGAUGGAUUCAAUGCCUUGCACAUGGCAUGUAAAGGGGAGCACGAAUGUCAUGACAGAGUGGUGAAGGCUCUUCUAAAGAAUGGGGCAAAUAUCGAGGCGGUGACCAACACCAGCCACACAGCACUGUAUCUUGCAGCGCUGCAUGGGAAUAACAUUAGCAUAGUAGACUUCCUCCUGAAGAACAGCGCAAAUGUCCACGCCACAACCGACACUGGAAAUACGGCAUUACACGCUGCAGUAGAGAAAGGGCAUCAAGAGGUAGUAGAGCUUCUUCUGAACAGCAAGGCCAACGUCCACGCGAAAAACAAACUCGGUAUUACGGCACUGUACCUUACUGCAAAUCACGGGCAUAGAACCAUUCUAGAGCUCCUUUUAAGGAAUGGUGCCAGCGUUCAUGUGGCGAGUAGUACCGGACAUACGGCACUACAUAAUGCUGCGUUUCAAGGAUAUAUAAGCAUUGUAGAGAUCCUUCUGAUAAAUGGCGCAAACGUUGACGCGGCGAUCGAUGGCGGAUUCACGGCAUUGCAUAAUGCAGCGUGGGGAGGGCAUCAGGAGAUAGUAGAGAUGCUUCUAGAGAGCAAGGCUACCGUCAGCGCGAAAACCGAAACCGGCCAGACGCCAUUGCACUCUGCUGCAUGA